AUGAGUUUAACGUUUCAGUGUGCCUGUUGUAAUAUCCGAAUUAACUCAGUUCGACGUGAGAAGAGUGCCGAAGAUGGUUUACCAGUAACUGAAGAUAAAGUAGUAGAGUGGCUGACAGGGAGUGUAACGGUGAAAUACACCUUUUUAACACAGUCGCACAAAAGUGGCAAAUGGAACAUCUUAAAGUGUCUCAAUUGCAAAUCAAAUUUUUUGGCUAUGAAAAACGACGACUCGAAAACGAUUCUUUUAUUAGAUAACUCCACGGACUCCAUUCAAAACAAACACUUUUCGACCACCUAUGGGAUCUUUUUAGACACUUCUGGAGAGUUGGUCGAGGGCUUUGUUGAUGAAGAAGAGCGCAAAGAGAUUGCCAAAAUUCGGAAAGAGCGUGUUGACGCGCUUUAUAAACUGAAAGAACAAAAGAUAGCAGACUACGUUAAACGUCUUGAAGAGAAGUUUGACUCUGAAAAGGCUGAGAUUGAGCAUGAAGAGAAGGCGAUGUUAUCGUCUUGUGCAGUCAAUUUAAUCGAAGCAAAUGUGAACGAAAAGGAAGACGAGUCGUAUUUUGCUUAUGAUGAAGAGAAUCCCUUUGGCGUUUCAAGUGACCGCGUCGACGUCGCAAAUGAAAGCACAACGGAAGUAAAAAGCGAAGUACUUCAUUUGAACGAUUUGGAUGAGAUGCCUCAACAAGAAAAGAUGAAAGAGAUGCCUGGUAAGUUGCACAACGCACUCAAACGCGAAGUCGCGAUGAAACAAGCGCAAAAGAAGCCACAGAAUGUCACCGAAGCCAAUAAUCAUGGGAACACAAAGUCCUUGGGCUUCUUAGAGAUGAUGAAAAGUACAGAACAGAUAAAGAUAGCAAGGAGUUUCACGGGUGGUGAAGGCUUUGGUGAUGACAGUAACGAAUUCUUCCCAAAGACUUUCCAAGAAUAUACAUUAAACCAAAAAGAAGUCAGCGACGUCCCUAUAUCAAGCUCACACAUCAAAUGCUUUAAAAAUAAUUAUUAA